ACAAACUCAAAUUUCAUUCUUCGUGAUUCAGCUUUUCUCAUGGUGUGAAGAAGCCUCAGCAAUAAGAUAUUUCUGUAUCGCCGGUGUCUCAAAUUAAUUGCUAAAAUUCAUAUAAUUAAUUAUUGACCUUAACAGUAAAAUACAGUUGAUCCAAAACAGGCACAAAGAAAAAUUAUCAAAACAAAGUGAAAAAUGGCUUCAAAAUACGAUCGUGCAAUCACCGUGUUCUCUCCGGAUGGUCACCUUUUUCAAGUGGAAUAUGCACAAGAGGCUGUCAAAAAGGGUUCGACGGCUGUUGGUGUGAGAGGCUCUAAUUGUGUUGUCCUGGGCGUGGAGAAGAAGUCUGUGGCGAAACUGCAAGAAGAGAGGACUGUGCGAAAGAUUUGUCUUUUGGAUAAUCAUGUCGUGAUGGCUUUUGCGGGGCUUACUGCCGAUGCCAGGAUACUCAUCAAUAGGGCCAGGGUUGAAUGCCAAUCCCAUCGUUUAACUGUUGAAGAUCCCGUUUCUUUGGAAUACAUUACUCGCCAUAUUGCUGAAUUAAAACAACGUUACACCCAGAGUAAUGGUAGACGUCCCUUUGGAAUUUCUUGUUUAAUUGGAGGCUUUGAUGAGGAUGGAACCCCUCGAUUGUAUCAAACCGAGCCAUCUGGAACUUAUCACGAGUGGAAGGCUAAUGCUACUGGGAGAAAUGCAAAAACUGUGAGAGAAUUUUUAGAGAAAUACUAUAAUGCGGACGAGGCUAGCUCAGAAGAAAAAACGGUUAAGCUUGCAAUUCGUGCCUUGCUCGAGGUUGUCCAAUCUGGUGGCAAGAAUUUGGAAAUUGCAGUUAUGCGAAAAGAUCAGAAGAUGCAGAUGUUGGAUGUCGACAUUAUUGACAAAUAUGUUAAGGAAGUGGAGAAAGAAAAGGAAGAGGAAGCAGAGAAGAAAAAACAGAAAAAGUAGUAGUCAUCACUAUCUAAUAAUUUGUAUCUCCAAAUUCUAUAUACUCUAAACAAAUUACAAGUGCACACCUGUACGAAUUUUUAGAAUUGUUUACACAGCUGUGUGUCUAAUUCACUAAAGUAUUUUCAUCUCUUUCAAUAAAAAAUAAUUAAGUAAUUAA